CAAAGAUAUAUGGAUUAUCGCCCUCUUUUACGAUCCAAAUACGGAUAAACCCGUCCCCGCCUAUAUUGGUGUCACAAUCCGCACAUCUCGAUCCUUCUUUAUCACGUCUGCCUGCCGUUUUCCAACUUCCAAUUCCACCAAUCCCCUUCCCUCUUUUUCCCUUUCCAGACAAACAAACAAUCGUCUCCAAAAUUCCUACUUCAAGUGGAACAACAAGUAAAUUUGAUCCGGGUUUGGAGCUUUUAGUUCUUAUUCUCGAAGAUCUCGCCGGCCGGCCGUUAAUUCAUCAUCUGCAACCGGAUUUCCAGCAAUGGAAGGGGCCUCGAUGGGCCCAUCUGAAGCUUCGGUGGCGAUGUACAACCUCAAAGAUGCAUACAGUUUCUGGGAUGUAUUAAACAAUUCCCCUGUUUGGCAAGAUCGAAUUUUUCAUGCUCUUGCUGCUCUCUAUGGCAUCGUUUCCAUCGUCGCGCUGGUACAAUUAAUUAGGAUCCAACAAAGAGUGCCAGAAUAUGGUUGGACUACUCAGAAGGUCUUUCAUUUCCUCAAUUUCUUGGUUAAUGGGGCUAGAUGUUUAACUUUUAUUUUCCGUCAUGAUAUCCAAGAGUUGACACCUGAGAUUUAUCAACAUAUGUUACUUGAUCUACCAAGUCUUGCGUUUUUCACCACCUAUGCUCUCUUGAUUUUGUUUUGGGCUGAAAUUUACUACCAGGCAAGAACAGUCUCAACUGAUGGACUUAGACCAGCUUUUUUUACAAUCAAUGGAAUUGUUUAUGCAAUUCAGAUUGCUUUAUGGCUAAUAAUUUGGUGGAAGCCUAUCAAUACUUUGGUGAUACUCUCCAAAGUUUUCUUUGCAGGUGUCUCUUUGUUUGCAGCCUUCGCCUUUCUUCUUUAUGGAGGAAGGCUAUUUUUAAUGUUGAAGCGGUUUCCUGUGGAAUCCAAAGGCCGUCGAAAGAAGUUACAAGAGGUUGGCUACGUGACAACAAUUUGCUUUACGUGCUUCCUUUUGAGAUGUAUCAUGAUGUGUUUUAAUGCGUUCAAUGAAUCCGCCAACCUAGAUGUAUUGGAACAUCCUGUUUUGAGCUUCAUCUUCUACUUGUUGGUGGAGAUAUUACCUUCGUCUUUAGUUCUGUUUAUUUUGAGGAAGCUGCCUCCUAAAAGAGGGAUCAUACAAUAUCAUGCUAUUCGAUGAGUCAGAAUAGAUUGAAGUCUUAAGAUUUCAAAAGCCUUGUUUGGGUUUGUGGAAUAUGUACGUUGUAGUGAGUUGUAGUAGUGAAAUAUGUCGGCGUGAAUUUGGGUUGAUAUAUUAUAUCUGGUGGUUAUAUUUAUAUCUUUUUUUUUAAUAUUUUUUUGUGGAUCCUACUUUUUCUAGUAAAAAAAAGAGAAUGUUACUUGUUAA